AAGAGAAGUGAACAACUAGAACCGAACAUCAUCAAGAUGCCUAGUUCCAACUCAAAGUACGUUGUUUUAUUCCUCUCCUUUAGCUUCCUAAUCUUUCUAACGGAAGCCGAUCCAAUUUACAGUGCUCAUGCUUGCACAGAUUCCAUUACUUAUAAACCAAAAACCACCUUUGAAACCAACCUCAACCUCCUCCUCUCUUCUCUUCCUUCUAAAGCCAGCGACGGCAGCCAUUUCUACCGAACAAGAACAGGAAAUGCCGCCCCCGAUGCCGUCAACGGCCUCUUCCUCUGCCGCGGCGAUAUCCUUGCAGCCGCUUGCCAAGAAUGCGUCUCCGCCGCAGCCGAAGAGAUAAAACGCCGUUGCCCAGACCAGAAAGAAGCCAUAAUCUGGUACGACGUCUGCAUGCUUCGAUACUCCAACCAGUCUUUCAACAAAAUCGUACCUUCCACUGACCUGUCUAAUACGAAGGAAAUAGCGCCGGAGGACAAGGAUAGGUUCAAUGAAUUGCUGUCCGGGUUGCUGAAUUCUGUGGCGGCGAAAGUUUUGAAAUCUCAGACCAAGUUCGCGACGGAUCAAGUGAACUUCACAACAACAGAGACUCUGUAUGGAUUAGAACAGUGCACCCCCGACCUGACUGUGUUCGACUGUAAUACUUGUUUGAGAAGCGCCAUCGCUGCUGUUCCGAACUGCUGCGACGGAAAACGAGGAGCCACGGUGUUGCUCCCUGCCUGCAACAUCAGAUAUGAAUUCUACCCAUUUUUCAAUUCCCCGCCUCCGGUCACUCACUCCCUUCCCUGAGAGUUCGUUUAUAGAUGAGUGGCACGUACGAUUCAGAAUGAAACUAUUGGGACAAUGUUGUCGGAGAAAUUCAAGACUUGUUUCCGAUCAUCAGCUCAAUCAAGAAUAAAGUAACAGCCUAGCUUUUAGUGUUAAUCAAAGGUUGCUUGUGAUAUCUUCUAGCAUAAACUACAUCAAGGGCCACUGCAGAGACCAUCGAGAGCCUCGCAAAUGGACCUGACGCACUUCUACAUGCAUUAUGUGCAUUUUCUUUUCUUUUUUGUUUUUGUUAUGAGAUGUAAUAGGUGGGAAAAAAUGCGUAUGAAAUGUUAGAUAAUAAAAUGAAGAGUGCACUUUUAAUGCUUCUUC